UUUUUCUCAGAACAAUCAAAUUUUCUUUUCAAGUUUUCAGAGAUUAUAUAUAUAUAAAUAUAUUGUGGUAUAGAGGUGAAUUGUGAAUCUGGGAUUUUGUUAUUAUUUAUGACAAUUAUUCAGAUAAGAGAAGAUAUGUGUCGCCAGAGCUGUUGUGUGCAUUUGUCUGUAGAGGACGCAGUGGCUGUGGAAGAGACUCUGCUUGUGUAUUGUAAACCAGUUGAGCUUUACAACAUUCUUCGAUGCCGUGCCCUUGAUAAUCCUUCAUUCCUUCGGAGAUGUUUGAAUUACAAAAUUCAAGCAAGGCGUAAAAGGAGGUUGAGGGCUGGAACUGUAAUAUUCAAUUAUAGGGACUGUAACAACAUGCUUCGAAAGACUGAAGUUACUGAAGACUUUGCUUGUCCAUUUUGCUUGAUGCAAUGUGCCAGCUUUAAGGGUUUGCGUUAUCACUUGUCUUCUUCACACGACCUUUUCAACUUUGAAUAUUGGGUGACUGAAGAGUAUCAGGCAGUGAACGUUUCAGUGAAUAUAGAUGUAUUAUCUGAGACCAUAGCAGAUAGGGCAGUGCCACAGCUACAAACAUUCUUCUUCUGCUCAAAACGAAGAAGGUGUCGGCGAAGGAACCUUGUUCAGAAUGAAAAUAAUGUUAAUGUGCAAUUCUUGGAGUUGGACUCACCUAGUGAAAAUGUACAAACGCUUGCUUUGGAGAGAGAUGAUGAUUCUCUAUCAUGUAAAGAUGAAAAUAUUUCAAAGCCAUUCCCGGGAGAGAAAGAUCUGCCGAAUGGAAGACAUGGACGAGAACAUUAUGGUCCUGAUUUUCCAAGUUCGAGCGAGUGCAUAGAACGUGUUGCAUCAAGUUCCAACGAUCUAGGUGUUACAAUUGCCAUAGCCCAAACAUCUGUGGACCUUGAUUUUGUCAAACCCCUCUUAGGAGGUGAGCCUCCCCUCCCCUCAAAAGCAAAGAAGAUAUCCGUUGAGCGAACAGACCUGAAAAGCCGAGUGCUUCUUCACAAAAGACAGUUCUACCACUCUCACAGAGUUCAGCCUAUGGCAUUAGAGCAAGUGCUUUCAGAUCGAGAUAGUGAAGAUGAAGUUGAUGACGACAUUGCAGAUCUUGAAGAUAGAAGGAUGCUAGACGAUUUUGUGGAUGUCUCCAAAGAUGAAAAGCAACUUAUGCAUCUUUGGAACUCAUUUGUGAGAAAACAAAGAGUUUUGGCAGAUGGUCACAUCCCCUGGGCGUGCGAAGCAUUCUCGAAACUCCAUGGGGAGGAGCUAAUCGCAUCCAAACCUCUUUUCUGGUGUUGGAGGAUAUUCAUGAUCAAGCUUUGGAAUCAUGGUCUUCUUGAUGCUUCCACUAUGAACAGUUGUAAUAUAACUCUGGAGGGUUGUAGGGAUAAGGCAAAGGCACCUGUUAAUGAGAAACUAACAUGAAUUAAGCUUUGUUAUGUUUGGCCUCAAAUCCAAACAUUUUUCAUUCAAAAUAGUAGGAAAUAGAGGGUUACCCUUAAUUUAUUGCAAUAGCCUUUAAUUUAUUUAAGUUUAAUUAGAGUAGGAAGUUCGGCUUACCCUUAAUUUAUUUACUCUUACCAUUGUAUUAUUCAUAUGCCAUAUAAUAUUAUAUAUUCUUAUAAGCUAUCACAUUUUCUA